AGAAAAAAAAAAAGAGAAAAAAACAGUCCAUCAGGUGAUUCAAUCCGACGUGGGAGAGUCAUUUCAGAUCCGUGGAGACUGAGCGAUCUUUCUAACCCUCGCUGUGGGCUACCAUUCUCAUUUUCUUCUUUACAUCCAACAAUCCCUACUCCCAGGUUCCCAUCCCCCAUCUUCGCUUCACUGACGACCCCUCUCGCAUCCGUCCGCCAAUUGUAGUUGUUUUCUGGGAAGAUCUGGUUUGAUUUUUGAAUCGAUUUUGGUUUUGGGUGGUUUUCUGAUCUGGGAAUAUAACAUUUGAGUUUCGGAGAGACCGAGCACCGUGAUUUGUUUAACUCGCGGGGUUAGGUGUUCGAAGAUCUAUGAGUUUCAGUGGUUUCAGUGCAGUUAGGACGCCUGAAAUUGUGAUUUUUAGCGCGAGGUAGAGAUCUUUGGCUGAUUUGUAGCGGUGGAGAACUGGAUCUAGUGGGAUUACUGUGACUGAAUCAGCGAGUUUCACCAUGGAGACCCUUGUGGUUGCUCAGCAUAGGAACCAGUACUACAGCCGAAGUAAAUCCGGUGGGCCGGUCCGGUUCGGUUCGUCGCCGUCCGGAGACUUCGGAGGGAUCAAUUGCCGGAGUUACCAAUCCGGCGCAGGUAUACUACCGACCCCAUUGAAGGCUUGCUCUACUUCUGUAGCCAAACAGUGCUUUUCUUCUCCUUCUUCUUCUUUGCCUGAUACACCAUCCCCUACACACUCUGAUAGCAAAACACACUCGAAAACAACUGUGAAAAGCGCUCCCAUUAACAUCGACUUGAAAGCUUGUAGGAAAGAGAGGGCUUUUAGCGAGGAUGUUCCUAACGAGCGGUUUUCAUUUUCUGAGCUCUGGGCUGGUCCCACGUACUCGAACUCGCCGCCGCCGAGUUCUUUACCGAUACCCAAAUUCUCGCUCCGGCCAAAGAGGACCGCGUCGCUUGACUUGCCCUGUUCGGCCCCUGAGAUGAUCAAAACGCACCACCCAAUGGCCAAGUCUGCACCCCCAUCGCCUACUAGGGAGCAUCACAGUUCUACCAGGGAUAUCUUUCGUAGUGCUGACUCUGCGACGAAGACCUUACGUCGCAUUCUUAAUCUCGAUGAGUGACAUGGUUUGGAGUUUGGGGCUCCUGUAAAUAUAUCUAUUUUGAAAACUUGGGUUAGUGUUAGAUUGUAUAUAGAGUGAAUAAAUCGGUCAGUAGUGCGACUCUGUUAGAGUUUUGUUUAGCUCAGUAAGCGAGGGCAAUGGCUGUGGUGGGUCAACAAUCUCUGGGUUGCACGUUAAGGGUUGAUGUGGAGUUGGGAUUGAGCUGUGGACUUGGAUUUUGGUCAUGGGCAUAUGAUAGCGAGAGGAAUGUAUGCUUAUUAUGGGGGGGUUUUGCGGCUCGGAUGGAAGCAAAGUAGCAUGAAAAUUUGCUUGGUUGAUUGAUUGAUGGAGCUGUUCUUUGGCAUGGAUGGAAUGCCUGACUGCUGUUGAAUUUAUUGGGCCUGAAGGAAAAAACUUUUCUAGUUGAAUGUGGAAGUUAUGAUGCCAAGCUUUGGGUUUAAGUUUAGGUUUUUAGGUCUUUGUUUCAGAGCCUGUAUAUACUCUAGAAUCUGGAACUGACUACUUGCACAAACUCCGUAGGCUUCUGUUUCAUUCUUGUUAUCAUCAGCUUCUUUAGUUCUUAAAUUUUAUUAUCCUUUCUUUCUCAUAGCCUAACUUUAUUACCCUUUCUCAUAGCCUGACAUUGAUUAAUCUCUUUCAAAGAUCAAAGUUGCCUCAAUCGGCUGCCAGAUGAUCUGCCUUCCUAUAACUCUUUACCCACCUACCAACAUCUCCCCCUCUUCAUAUUUAUUGUUUCUUUUAAUUCUGUUAGGAUCUCACUCCGUUCUGUACACUCUGCGAGGUGUUCGUCCCCCUUCGCCGCAUUCCUGUUUUUAAAGAGGGAAAAGUGGGAAGGGGUGGAGAUAGUCAUAGUUUGCUGCUUCUGCUUCAGUUAGUAGCCUCAAUCCGUAUUGCUCUGUCUCGUUGUAAGCCCCUUGUAGUUGCUUCUUCUUGUAACAGCAUAGUGCUGCAUCCAUCUUGAUCACCGAAAAGGUUCAUCUUCCUUGUAGGUUGUUGAUCGAACCAAGCCAUGCACUAGGGAGCCAGCCAUUCACAGAAGAAUCAAUGGUGGCUUUGCUAGUAAGAUUUGUUCGUGCUGGAUCUAGUGUUUUGUAUGUAAGUCUUGUGAGAAGCUGCGUGCAGUUUCUUUAUGUCGUCUCUUUUGUUUGAAAAAUGCAUGUUUGGUUGUUUUAGUCUGUUGUUCCUGGAGUCCCCUGAUCUAGUGGAGUCUAUAUAUUAUGUUAGUAUUUGGCUAAGUUGCUGUUAUCAUGUCCCUUAUCACGUUGUAUCAGACUGUAACGUCGGUAUGUUUUUUUUAUCUAUGUCAAUGUUUAUGUCA